AGGUAAGAAAAUUUCAUGCUGUGACAUUGCACAAGAAGACCCAUAAAAGGAGCCUUCCUGUUUUGGGUGGUUCUGCUCCUCCACCAAAGAUGCUUGGGGUCUUCAGCGGCGCAGUGGUGAGCCCACCGGAGGAGCUCAUCCGAGCCGGCCACCGCACCCCGACGGCGAAGAAGACCGCAGACAAGCUCCUCGAUGCCUUCCUCAAGAACAACCCAUCCUCCGUUGCCAUCAACAUCGGCAGCGCUGCACGUAUCUCCUACAACCAUCAAAACCAGUCCCUGCUACAACCAAGGUCGUUCGCCGUGAGCGACGAGAUAUUUUGCUUGUUCAAGGGGACGCUGGAGAACCUGCCGAGCCUGAAACACCAUUACGGUCUGGGGAAGAAUGCAAGCGAGGUGGUGCUGGUGAUGGAGGCGUAUCGGGCACUGCGAGACCGCGCUCCUUAUCCCACAAACCUCAUGCUCGCUCACCUCGUAGGCAAUUUCGUCUUCAUCGUCUUCGACAACGUCACCUCGACGGUGUUCGCGGCAUCGGACGGAGAUGGUAAGGUGCCCUUGUUCAUGGGGAUAACCGCCGAUGGCUAUCUAGCUUUCUCCGAUGACGCCGAGGAACUAAGAAGUGCAUGCGGGAAAUCAUUGGCAUCAUUUCCGCCAGGCUGUUUCCUGUCGACGUCCACUGGACUCAGGAGCUAUGAGCAUCCGAAGAACAAGGUCACUGCUUUGCCGGCGAUGGAGGAGGAGAUUUGGGGCACGACCUUCAAGGUUGAGAGACCAUAUCUACGAGCGAGAGAGAGGAGUGACACAUGACCAUGGGAAGGGCCUCAAUGUCUCAAUGGCCAACAGAUACAUCCUCCAAACGCCAGUAAUAAAUAUGGCUACUAAGAAUUAUGUAGUGUACCUAAGAAUAAUAUAAUACCGUAAAAGAUUGAUGCGUUUA